AUGGAGAUAAUAGCUGUCUUUAGAAUUGAAACUCUCAACGGAACCAAAGUCACCACCUACACGAAAAGUCAAAAGCUCAAGAAACACAAGUUGGACACCAUCGACUCACUUCCUUUAUUUGCUCUGGAGGUUAUAAAGAUUGGACGUGGUAAGACUUGCGAUGUGAGAAUUGACAACCCGGCAAUAUCGCUCCACCAUGCGACUAUAUGGUCGGUUCAAUUUGAUUCCGACACUUCUCCGUUGGUUUAUAUCAACGAUCAUUCAAGAAAUGGAUUGUUGCAUAACGAGAACGACAUGUGUAAUGAGGAAACCAGGAUCUUGAAGGAUGGGGAUACAUUUGAAUUUAAAACUGCUGCGAUCUUCACAUACGAAACAUUAGAGGUGGAUGAUACACAGGAUAAUUCUACCUUAACCAUUGACACGUGGAACAUUAGCGAUUCUUUGCUCGGAACUGGCUCGUUUGGUUCUGUCUUUGUUGCGUCAUCAACCACAGAUUACAAGCUUUAUGCUGUUAAAGUGUUGAAAAGUAGGAGCAAAAGCUCGGAGUUUGAACUUCUCCGAACUGUUAGACAUCCUAACAUUAUUAGGAUAUAUGAUGCUGUUACCAUCAACUCAUCUACCUACUUAUUUCAAGAAUUGGUUUGUGGUGGUGACCUUUUCUCUUAUUUGGUGAAUGAUAACCAUCUUCGUGCAAUUCCGGAACAGGAAGCCAUUUUUAUUGUUUUUCAAAUAAUGAAGGCCCUUCAGUUUCUACAUAAACAUCUAAAGAUUGUCCAUAGAGAUUUGAAAUUAGACAACAUCUUAUUGAAACUCCCCUUACCCAAAUCACGCAUUUACAUCUGUGACUUUGGUAUAGCAAAAAAGCUAACCCGUUCGCGCACCAACACCUCAGUAGGAACUAUUGAGUACAGCGCACCGGAAGUCUUCGACACUGAUAGCAAAGGAAAAUCCACAAAGUCAUACAACUACAAAUGUGACGUUUGGUCUCUUGGAAUUGUUUCCCAUAUUUUGUUAACAGGGAUAUCACCAUUCUAUUCCGAACUGAAAGAACAGAUUUUGAUGUCAGCCCGUCGAGGGCAAUUGAACUUUACAAAGAAACAAUUCCUACUCGUUUCAAAAAGCGCAAGAGCAUUCUUAUUGGCUUUACUAAAUGUAGAUCCUCAGCUCAGAGUCGAUGCUGACGGUUGUUUUGACUGUGCUUGGAUUGCAAGCAACAGAGCUAAGUUAGAAAGAUUCUAUCGCGAAAAAGUAGUUGACACACAAAAUUGA